AUGAUGGAUCGAUGUCAUCUCUCCGCCCUGAGCGUUCCGUUGUUCCUGCUGAUCGAUUUGUUCGGCCCAGCAACAGCAGCAGCCGCAGCCUCCCCAGCGGUGCCAGCAGCAACAAGACGGCCUCCUCUGGGCGUUCCCCUCAGACGAAGGCCGCCUGCAGCUGCCUCCAUAGGGCGGGACCGCUCGCUGUGGAGAAGGAGACGGCUUGCAGAUGGCGAGGAGGACGCUGCGGAGGAUGUCCAAGCCGGAGUGGUGGAGGUGAUGGACUGCGAAAACACGGAAUACAGCGGCAUCGUGGGCAUCGGGACGCCUCCGCAAGAUUUCGAGGUCGUGCUUGACACCGGGAGCUACAACCUGUGGGUGACAGGCGUUUCCUGUACCGAAGACUGCGACAACUUCAACAAGUACGAUUCCGCCUUGUCGAGCACCUACGUCGAAGACGGCAGGGAAUUCUCACAGAUAUACGAGGAUGGUUCCGAGGCAACAGGCAUGCUGUCGGUGGACACUCUGAGCAUCGGGGGGUUGACCGCCACCGCUACGUUCGGAGAGAUGUCCACUAGAUCUCUGGACGGCUGCACUACCAUGGAUGGAAUUAUGGGCAUGGGUGUCCCGAGCUCGGACAAGCAGAGCGUCUUCGAAGACCUUGUGGAGGCGAAUGUGGUGGACGUGCCGAUCUUCUCUUUCUUCAUGGGAAACAUCGACACGGGCUCACCCACGGGUUUCCUCACCCUCGGAGGGGUCAACCAGACACACUACGAAGGCUGUCUGGAGUGGGUAGCUGUGGCGGAGAGCGCCAGCCCCGACGGCUUCUGGUCCAUAGUCCUGCAGAACAUCUACGUCGGUUCCAGCAGCGUGCUCCGAUCUCCGAUCGCGGCCAUCUUCGACACGGGAACCUCGAUGAUAGUGGGGCCGUUCGCUGACGUGGCCUAUCUCGCGGAAGAGAUCGGAGCCACGUGCGUGUACUUCACGGGCAUAGAUUCCAGCAGCGUGGAAACGAUGGAUUGCGUGAGCAACCCUAGCGAGGUGGAACUGAUCCUUAUGGAGUGCGACUCGGAGUUCGACGACAUCAACAUCUCCUUCGGAGGGGACGACUUUGCCCUCACGUCCAACGAGCUCCUCCAGCCCCUCACGGACUUCGUCCCUUCGACGGUGUCUUCUUCGUCAACCGAGCCGUGGUGCCUUUUCGGGAUGUUGGGCCACGUGGAGAACAUGUGGAUCCUGGGAGACUCGUUCCUCCGCACGUUCUACACCGCCUACAACGUCGAGGACAAGACCGUGGGGCUCGCCAGGGCCACCGCCCUCAGAACAGGCGACGAGUGCGAGGCGGACGCUCCCGUCUCGGCGACGCCGGUCGACGGCGGCGGCGACGGCGAUGAUGAUGCAGCAUCGGACGCCGGGGAGGCCGCCGAGGCAACGACAAGCCCGACGACGCCCGAGCCAUCCCCGGCGGCUAGCAGCGCUGAGGCCACUCCUGCACCGCUGCUGCCGCUUCCAUCUCCCUCCUCUGACGGCGGCGAGGGCGACGCCUCCUCUGCCGGUUCCGCUACGCCGGCGCCUGAGGACGUUGGGGAUGGAAGCAGCGGCGGUGGGGAAGCGGGGGCGUCGCAGGGUGGGGAGGGUAGCCAGAGCGAUGAAGGCGCCGCUGUUGGGAGUGACGAGGCGGCGGGCGGCGCCGGCGGGGACUCGGGACAGCCAAGCCUGGCGGCGGUUGCUGCCGCGGCCUCGAUAGGGACGCUGGUGGCCGUGGCGCUCUGCGGGAUCACCGGCAUCCUCGUGGUCCGCCGCAUCAGGAGAGGGGAGCACCGGCACACCAAGCUGGAGAUGGGAAGAGCCGGGGGAGGUGGCAAGGUGGUGGAGGGGGCCGAGGACGACUUCUUGCAGGCGGGGCCCGGGGGCUACCGGGACAACGGGAGCGGGUCUCACCGGUACCGCGUCGCCGCCGCUAAGACGAGCGGCGGUGGCGGCGGCGGCGGCGGCGGCGGCGGCGGCCGGUUGACUGUGGUUUCGGGGACGGGCGGUCAAGAGGAGGAGGAGGGCGAGCUCGACGACGAGGUGGAGGUUGACUUCGGUGUCUCGCGUGCGACGGCCGGUUCGGGAACGCCGUCGGGGGGCGGACCCUUGGGGAGGAUGUUCGGCCGACGGGGGGAGGGGUUUGCGGCGUUGGGUGAUGGCCACCGUCAGGGCGACGAGCUGGUCGAUGGGCGGCGGCCGUCGGACUCGCAGCCUUUCGGGGUGUGAGAGGACGGGCGAAGCGGCCGGGGGUGAUCCGCUUGUGCUUGCGGCGAUACAAAGAGCAGGCCGAUUUUUGGCAUCAGAGAACGGGAGAUGGGGGUUGUGGGUAUUGCUGUCAAGACGUCACCGGCUUCUGGGGACCUUGAUCGGUUCUCGUUACCCAAACUGGUAGAGGUGGUUUUUUGGUUGAUUUGUUACAAUCGCCCUGAGGGUUGAGUCGUUGUUUGUUGUAUUAUCCUAUCAAGUGUGCAUACUGCUGCAGCGAUGCUUGUGCUGAAAUCGCAUCGUUGCUGUUCUUGGUGGUCCACUAGUUAUUUGUGUUUUCAUCUCGAUAGGAAGGAAAGUAAAUGUCCCGUUUCAUUCGUGCGUCGUAUUUUUGUUUUUUGUCUGCUGUCCCAACCAACUCAUGUCGUCCAUGAUUACUCUAGUUUCGUCGGUCUGUUUCUGCUG